AUGAUUCUCGACAAGCCUCUGAGCGUGGGCCACUUCGGCGAGAAGAAGCAGGCGUGCGUCAUCUACUCGGUGCACGUGCACCCGGACGGAUCCCGCUUCGCCACCGGCGGUAGCGACCACCGCGUUAGGAUCUGGUCCAUGGCGCCGUUCAGAGCCUCGGCGGCCUCCGUCUCCGCGGCGUCGUCAACAACCUCUCCAUCGGAGGACAACAGCAGCGGGGCACCGUCACCACCACGGCCACCAGAAGAAGGGCCAUCAGCGGCUAGCACCCCUUCCCCCCUGGUGCAGGGGGAAGACGUGCAGCUACUGGCUGGCCUGCCCCAGCACACAGGGAGCGUUCUCUGCGUGCGGUGGAGUCACGCCGGGCGGUAUCUUGCCUCUGCUUCGGACGACAAGUUCGUCCUCGUCUGGGAGCUUCUCCCCGAGGGGUCGGCGGCGGCGGCCCCCUUCGGCUCGACGGAAACCCCGAACAUCGAGAACUGGUCCAGGGUCUGCGUCUUGAGGGGCCACUCCAUGGACGUGCUGGACUGCGCCUGGUCGCCGAACGACUCCAUGCUGGUGUCCUGCAGCAUCGACAACAAGGUCAUCGUCUGGCGGCUGCCCGAAACCGACGGCGAGGAGGGUCUUCAGCUCUCCCGACUCGCCACCGCCAAGAUCCUGAACCCUUUCCAGUCGCUCGAGCAACACACAAGCUUCGUCAAGGCACAUUUGUACCCGACAGGCAUUCUCGCCGCAUCUCGUCUACCCCUCACCCACACCCUUCAGAUCUGGCGCGUUGGGGGGAACUGGGACGUGGAAGCGACCAUCACGGAACCGUUCGAGGACUGCGACGACACGCUAGUCCGGAGAAUCAGCUGGAGCCCGGAUGGCCAGUUCCUUGUGGUUACCAACAGCAAGGACGGGGACACCCACAACGCCGUCGUUCUCCAGCGAGGACGGUGGGACGACCAGCCCACCUUCCUCGUCGGCUUCUCGCAGGCCACGCUGGCGGCGAGCUUCAGCCCGAUCAUCUACAAGCCGACGGCCGCGGCCGCCGCGGCGGGGGGUAGGCCCAAGUCCCACCACGUGGUGGCGGUGGCCGGGCAGGACAACAUCGUGACGGUGUGGCUGGCGGCGGCGGCGCGGCCCUUGGUGAUCCUGAAGGACGUGUUCCAGCAGCCCCCGUCGGACCUGUCCUGGAGCGCCGACGGUUACACGCUGGUGGUGUCCGGGUACGACGGGACCGUCGUGGUGAUGAGGUUCACGCAGGAAGAGCUCGGGGUCGUGGUAUCGGAGGAGCAUCGACAAGCCCACCUGGUGAAGAUGUACGGGAAGGACGCGGGCAACGUCGCUCUCGCGCUCGACGGCUCCCCGUCCUUAGUCGACAACCCCCGCCAGCUGGCCCUGGAGAAGGCGAGGAAAGAACUGCAGAAGAACCGAGCGGCGGCGGCGAAGGCCAAUGGCAACUCCGCGGUGUCGUCGCUGGCGGGAAGGAUGACGACGCCGGCGACGGGGGCGUCGGUGUCGUCCCGUCCGCUCCAGAUAGAGUCCCGCGGCAAGGGCGGCAAGCGCCGGAUCCAACCCAUGCUGCUGAGCGACGGGCCGGGGGCGACCCCGCAAGACCUCGCGGUCACCACCGUCUUCCCGCCGGGGGGAACGACGGUCUCCGAAGGGUUUGGUUCCGCGGCGGUCGCCGCCCCGACGGUGAAUUCCCCGAGGUCCGGGUCCAAGCGUCCGCGGACCGGCGGCGGCGCCGGAGGCUGGAGCGGGAGCGGCCAGCAGGUGGUUGGGGUGCGGGCUUGCGAGGGUACGGUGGUUCGGUUGCGUGGCGCGAGGGGGGGCGGGAUGCCGCUGGUGUCUCCCCCCGAGCUCAUGCCGCAGAAAAGCGCGACAGGCAGCCUAGUGAGGCAGAUUACUGGCAGGGGAGAGGAAGGCGGGGAUGCAUUCCGGUCCUCCCCGCGAGUACAGGCGGCGGCAGCGGCGGGAGGCGGGGCAAGAUCGGGGGCAGGGGUCGAAGGGAACAGAGGCGGACGAGCGCCAUCAGGGGCGACAGUGAUGGAGUGCUCGGCGUUGGACGAGGACUUUGGAGGCCUGCCGUCCCGGCGGUACACGCUUGUAACCGUCACGAGGGGGGGGAGGGAAGCGUGGAGAGAUUACGUGGCGGGCAUGGCUACGGCGUGCUGCGGCAACGACCGAGUCGCGGCCGUCGGGGCGGAAGACGGGUCGGUCUACGUGUAUGACAGGAAUGGCGUUCGUUCUGCGCCCCCGAUGGUGAUUUCGCCGCCCGUCGCCUACCUGGAGUGCUGCGACAAGCGACCACCGCCGCGACAACAACCUCCGGCUUCCGCUGCCGCCCAGCCGGGUGAGCACCUGAUGGCCAUAUCCGGAGACGGCGACGUGACCGUCUGGAACCUCGACAGCAUGAGGAUUGUCGUCAAGACCUCUCUGAGCCCCCUUUUCCGGUCGCUCACUUCUUCCGGCGUCUCUCCCGCUGCCGCCGCCGCUUCUGGUUCACCUCGUUUCCCUAGGGGCACAUCCGGUGGCACCGGGGCCGGUGCUGCUGGGGCUUCCGCCGGACCGGAGGCGAAGAAAGGGGUGUCGGUGGCAAGGGCCGGGGUCACUCCGGAGGGGAUGCCGCUGGUGAUGCUGGCAUGCCACGGGGCCCCCGGCGGGUCCCUCCAGGCUUUCACGUUUCACCUCGGGCUCGAGACGUGGGUCAGGGUUGCCGACGGGAGGUCGGCGCUGUCCGACUUCUACUCUUCGGGCCCGUGCACGUCUCCCUCCACCAGGGGAGGCGUUUUGUCGGCGCUUCAGAGAGGGGUUCGGUCCGGCGCGUCUCCUUCCCCCGGCGCGAUCCUGCAGGCCUCAAAAGCGGGCAAGCGGCCGGCGGCGGCGAUGGCGGGCGCGCCGGCGAGGGAGAGCCUGCAGUCGGCAGUGACGAGGGGGCACCUCGAAGAGUCGUUGUCGACCGCCGUUUUGUUGGGCAACGCGGAGGAGUUCGAGGACGUUCUGCGGGCGUACGCGGGGCACCUCGCCAAGAGCGCGGGCUACGGGGAAGGCCGGGUCCGGACGCUCUGCGACAAGCUUAUGCUAGCGUCGAUCGGAGUCGGAAAGGGAGCAAAUAUCGGAGGUGACGGGGGCUCUGGCGCGAUGAUGCCCCCUCCGGGUGGAGGCGGUGGGACGGGGGAGCUUCCGGGGUUGCGCCUGUGCAACGGCCCUUCCAUUUUGGGGUUGGACAAGCUGCAUCUCCUGAGCAAGGUUGUGCUCCCGGCGCUUAGCGGGAACCGCAGCCUCCAACGCCUCGUCAGCGAGUACUACGAUAACCUCGAGUACGUAUCCAAGUCCAGGCGACAGCAGUUGCCACCGCCGGCACCGCCGUCACCACUCGAACAGCGGACCCCGCGAGGUCCCGCCGCAGCCAUUCCGCACAUCGCCGAAGGUUCUUCCGUGGGUUCUGUAGUCGGAGACGAUGCCGCUUCUUCUGCCGCUAGCGGCACUAGGGGCUCUGGUUCGACCCCUGCCUCUGGUGCUCUUGCCAACGGUGGCGGCGGCUUGUCUACCGCAGGGGAGGGUGGUGCCCACUCCGAGGACCGAGCCGCUGCCGGGAUAAGAACGAGCGACCUGAACGGCAAAAUGAGCGUCGCGAAUGGCGGCGGUGGUUCCGCUGCCGGCAGCGGUGACAACGGAGCGCGAAGAUCUAGCGAUGCUGCGACAAAGGCGGUUGCCGUCGCAAAUACUAGAGGAGCGGCGGCGACGGGGAGUACCACGGACGGGGGAAGGGGGUCGUGUUCGGGGGGUAGACCGACAGCGACGUAG